GAACAGUUAACUUUGGUUUUUGCUGUUCUUAACCCAGGAAUAUGAAAGCAUCAGUUUUACUUCAUUUACUUCUUCAAGGUUUUCUGAUGUUUGGUGCUUUAGGAGUGCAAGUGAGAAUGCCAAAAACAAUUCACGGCCUCAAAGGUUCCUGUCUGGUGAUUCCAUGUUCUUUCAGCUACAAAUCAAAUCCACCCAAAAACCCACAUAGAGUUGUGUGGUAUCAGUGGCACUCUAUAAGAUAUCCUUUAGUUUAUGAUGCUUUGCAAGAAAAUGAAGUAGCUGAGAAGUUCAGAGGAAAAACUGAUUUAUAUACAGGCUCAAGGGGUGAUUGUAGUCUUGUGAUCAAAAACCUGGAUCAAUCCCACCAUGGAGAGAAAUUAUACACAGGAAUUAACUCAAACAAAUUUCACGAAGUCACUUCUACAGUCCUUGUUGACACACGUCCACAAUUGCCCAGCAUCAGUAUUUCUGGAGGAGAGAAGAUGGGGGACAAGAUUACAGUAACAUGUUCAGCUUCACACAUGUGUCCAUACAGCAAACCAAACAUCACUCUGAAUGGUAUUGAAGGAUCUGACCGAACAAAUGAAGAGUGUAGUGAAGACGGUCAGUGCAGAAUUACUCUGACACGCACAGGUGUUGUAAAAGCAGAAAACACAGUUUUUGAGUGUUCAGUAACACAUCAUGGUGGCAUAAACACAUCAGCUGCAAAAGACAAAAGUGCAUUAUGUGUUCAUCAAAACAUCACAAUUGAGCCUGAAAUAGCAGAUGUCACUCAGGGCGUUAAACAGAUCUUUACUUGUACCGUCCACCAUUCCUGUAAGAAAGAGAAUCCAACCAUCACAUGGAACUACGAGAACAUGCAGGUCUCAGAGGGGACAAAAAUAGUUUCAGGUUUUGAUCGAGUCACCUUUUCCAACAUAACCUUUCUCGAUACUACAGAAGACUAUGGAAAGAAUUUAACAUGCAAUGCACAAUUUUCUGGAGGAAACUUCACAGCAUCUGUUGCUUUAUAUGUACAAUGCAUUGAUCAUAACAUAACAAUUGAGCCUGCAAUAGCACAUGUCACUGAGGGCGUCGCACAAAACUUCACUUGUACCGUCUACCAUACCUGUCAGAAGGAGAAUCCAACCAUCACAUGGAACUACGAGAACAUGCAGGUCUCAGAGGGGACAAAAACACUUUCUGGUUUUGAUCGAGUAGCCUAUUCCACCAUAACCUUUCUGGGUGCAACAGAAGAUCAUGGAAAGAAACUGAUUUGCUCUGCAGAAUUUUCUGAAGGAAACAUCACAGCAUUUGUUGCUUUGCAUGUACCAUCAGUCGUGAUGAUCAUUAGACUGAAGAUUAUUGGUCUUUACAUCGCAGCUCCCUCACUUGUCUUCAUCUUUGCUUGCAUACUUGUUGGAGUCAUCAUAUGGAGGAAGCGUCACAGGCCAAAAAAUGAAGAUACUGUGUAUGAAAACAAUCUUUUAUCCAAACCCCACACACCAUCAUCAAAGCGUGACCCAAAACUUCAGUCAAGAAAAAAUGAAGCAGAUUUAUAUGUCAACUUGGAAGAUUUGUAUGAAAACAUCUGAAGAGCAAACAAUAGGAAUGAUCUCAAUACAACAUUUAAAAAAUGAUCAACUUUA